AAAAUGUUGAUCGGACGUCUACACUCCCCUCUCCUAUAUAAGACACAAGCUUCCAUUCCUCUCGUCCCUCUCACUGAGUAUUGAUUGCACAACUACAGAGUCGGAUUACUUGAAAGUGAAGAAGGAAUGGCAGAAGCCGUCGUGAAGAGGAUAAAGCUGGGCUCACAAGGCCUGGAGGUAUCUGCGCAGGGACUAGGCUGUAUGGGCAUGUCCGCCGCCUAUGGCCCUUCUAAUCCCGAACCCGACAUGAUCGCUCUCAUCCACCACGCGAUUGACUCCGGCGUCACCUUCCUCGACACCUCCGACCUCUACGGUCCCCAUACCAACGAGAUCCUCCUCGGCAAGGCCUUGAAGGGAGGGGUGCGGAAGAAAGUAGAAUUGGCAACAAAGUUCGGCCUUCUGGUAGUGGACGGAAAGAUGUCAGUACGUGGUGAUCCGGAGUAUGUAAGGGCAUGUUGCGAGGGGAGCUUGAAGCGACUCGAUGUUGAUUGCAUUGAUCUUUAUUAUCAGCACCGGAUUGACACCACUGUUCCCGUUGAAGUCACGAUGGGUGAACUGAAAAAACUAGUUGAAGAGGGUAAGAUAAAAUAUAUAGGUCUCUCUGAGGCAUCUGCUUCAACGAUCCGAAGGGCCCAUGCUGUUCAUCCAAUUACAGCUUUGCAGUUGGAGUGGUCCUUGUGGGCAAGAGAUGUGGAGAAAGAAAUCGUUCCGACCUGUAGGGAACUUGGCAUUGGGAUUGUUGCCUAUAGUCCACUAGGUCGAGGAUUUCUUUCUUUGGGGCCGAAGGUGAUUGAGACCUCUUCGAAGGAUGACUUUCGACAGAUACUACCUAGGUUUCAACCUGAAAAUCUGGAACAUAACAAAAAUCUUUUUGAGCGUGUUGCUGAAAUGGCAGCAAGAAAAGGAUGCACCCCAUCUCAGCUAGCACUGGCAUGGCUCCAUCACCAAGGAGAAGACGUUUGUCCCAUUCCUGGAACCACUAAGAUUGAGAAUUUCAACCAGAACAUUGGAGCUUUAUUUGUGAAACUAACUCCAGAAGAUAUGUCUGAACUUGAAUCUAUUGCUACAGCUGAUGCUGUGAAGGGCGACAGAUAUGGAGGAUCGGUAACUACAUACGAAAACUCUGAAACUCCACCACUGUCUUCGUGGAAAGCUGUAUAAAUGUGUCUUUGGUUGUGGCUUUGCUGUACCUGCUUUUCGUGUGCUAUUGUCAAUUUUGUAUCUUCGGAUACUUGAAAGUUCUGUGGUGUUAUAUAUAUAUAUAUAGUUGCUGUAAUGCUGGUGAAUAUGAUUUUGUUGUCUAGAAAAGCAAAUGAUUUCAUGCUUAUUGAGUAAUGAAUGUAAUCUUUCUGUUUGUUUUGAAUAAGAGACUAUUAUAUAUCCUAUUGUCUAUUCUCCUGA